AUGGGGUUCAAAGAGCUUCAGCAAGGAGACGAAACGCAACCUCGAACCGUCUUCGUUCUGAAGCUGACUUGGGUGGUGCGUCCGCUUGCGAUCUCAUGGCGGCGUCGCGACCUGGACCUGUCUUUGGCGCUGCGCUCGAUGGUAUUCGUGAGCGAGACGGUAUCGUUGCCGCCGAGGCAGUUGGUGUCUGUGGCUUUGGAUCGCGCGUCUACGUUGCUGGUCGGCGCUCUGGGCGUGCAGAGCGUGAGCAUGGCUAGCCUGGCAGUUCCUCGUUGGAGCGACUUCGUGCUGCUGCACCGCGUGAAGAACGGUGGUGAAUGGCAAGUGUCGGGCGAGUUGCAGUCGAGCGAUGCGAGGUGGCUGAAGACUGCGGAGGUGGUUCUGGCGCCGCGCACGGCCAAGUCUCAGGCUGUGACGGUGUGGACGAACGUGACACUGGUGGACGCGGUGUCGUCGCAAUCCGUGGUGGUGGAGGUCUCUCACUUGGUCCGGAGCAUACCGGACCCUCGGUCUCUGGUGUCGACUGCACUGCUGCAGCCGAUCGUGGUGGAGAACCGGGAGGACGAGCCUGCGUUGGUUUCGAUGGCGGACUUGGGCGCGUUGGUCCGCCAACGCGACUGCAAAAUGAGUUAA